AAUGAAAUGUUGGAAAAUAACAUGCCUGAUUUGGAUACAAGCUACCUGGAUAUUUCAAAAAUGGAAAUUGUGUACGACUUUCCAAAUAUUUCAUUUGAUACCAGCAAAUCACAAGAACCUAGUCUAACAGAUUCAAUAUUAGAUGAUGGUGAUAGUGUUCAAUUAUCUGGUGCUAUUGAAAUUACAGAUAAUAUUGGAAGAAUGAUGGUAGAAAAUGGAACUAACCAUGCACCAGAUGAUCUUAACUCUUUUCAUAUUGUUCCUCAUCUGGAAAUGGAAGAGCAUGAGAGUAUGCAAGAUGAUGACCCACUAAUUACUGGAAAUCAAAAUAAUUUAAUUAAUGUUGGUGAACUAAAUACUGAAGAACCGAACAUUGAGGAUCAAGUAGUCGAAGUAAUUGCUGAACCCCAGAUUGAUAACAACAGAGCAGAAGUAGUAGACGAAACGCCUAGCAUAACAGAUGAUAGCUCUUCUAGUGGUUCUGAUUUUGAAGAAAUUGACAGUUCAGGAAGACCAAAGAAAGGUAGGAAGAGAAAGUAUGCACAUCAAUCUAGAGAUAUCAGAAAAAAAAGGAAAAAUAGUAAUAAAAAAUACAUUUCUCAAACAGGAAAAGUUGUGUACCCUAAAAACUUCAGGGAUUUUCAUUGUGCUUGCAAGUGUAAUGAGAAAGUGUCACUUGAAGUAAGAAAAAGCACUUUUAAGAAAUUUUAUGAUUUGGGGGACUAUAAUGCCCAAAACAUGUUUAUUUGUGCAUCAGUACAGGAAGAAAAAACAAAAAGACCAACAGUACAACUAUCUAAAAGACAGUUUAGAAGGAAAUAUACAAUUAACAAUACUGUUAUUUGCAGGAAUAUGUACGUACAAACCUUAAGAGUGUCCACAAAAAGAAUUAAUACAGCUCUUAAAAAGCUUAAAAACGAUAAUGUGAAAGAUGAAAGGGGGAAAUGUGGUGGCAGUAACAAGAUUGAAGACAAACGGAUUGAAGAAGUCCGAAACCACAUUAAAAGAAUUCCAGCAUACAAGUCCCACUACUGUAGAACGACAACAGAAUCAUGCUGGUUACCCCCUGAUAUGACAUUGCCACGUAUGUACAGUUUGUACAAGGCUGAAGUAGAGCAUCCUGUGUCCCAAUCAAAAUAUAAUAAAAUAUUUUAUGCAGAUUUUAACCUAAAACGGAAACCACUUCAGAAAGACACCUGCAGUACCUGUGACACACUACAUGCCCUGGAAAAUUCAACUACCAGUGAUAUAGAGAGAGAUGAAAUUAAAAUAAAACAUGAGGCUCAUCUGAAAUUAGUCGAAGAAGUAAGAGCUCAGUUCAAGGACGACUUACUAACGGCAAAAACUGUUGAAUCAAAACAAACGCUGUCUUUUGAUCUUCAAAAAACCCUACCAUUACCUCGUCUGCCGACAAAUGUCAUUUACUAUAAACGACAAAUCAUGCUUUAUAAUCUGGGUAUUCAUUCGGGGAAAAACUGGUAA